CUUACAGCCCAAUGCCUACGUCGAACAAAUCCCGCGGGCGCUUGCGAGCAACCAGCUCUAAUAACCAUUCCGCAUAUGUCCAGACACCCCCAUCGUCACAGACACCAACUCGUCCACGCUCGGGAAGUGCCAGUAGUACCACAAGUGAUCGAAGCUCGAUCGGUAUAGCAAAACCUAAUCCCACAGAUUCUCCGCGGCGCAAAGUAGUAUGGAACUCAUCUACAUCCCUCACGCAAAAGCGAUCUUUGGGAGUAGCAUCAAAGCCGCCAUCAGGACGAGCUAGCACAUCACAACCAACAUCUGGCCCGGGGAAAUCGCCAUCGCAGCAAACGCUUCGACAACAGUAUGAGGCACUGCUGGGGUCAAAAAACGGCUCGGACAAUGAGUUGCGGGAGGCAUUGAGGAAACUGAGGCGGAUGGUUUUGACAGAAGGAUUGCCCAAUGAUGUUGAGACUUUUCGAUCACCGUCGGACUGCUCUCUACGAGGUCGUAUCUGGAAAGUGCUUUUAGGAAUCUAUCGACUCUCAUCUUUUGAGUAUUUCAACCUCAUCGAACGCGGUCCAUCGUCGGUCUACGAUAAGAUCAAGAACGACACAUUCAGAACUCUGGCAACGGACAAAAACUUUCUGUCCAAGGUCGAUGAAAACAUGUUAUCAAGAGUUUUGAAUGCUUUUGUGUGGAAGAUGGAGGAUCUCCCACCUUCCCGCCUCCUCAACCUCACGUACACAUAUGUUCAGGGAAUGAACGUUCUCGCAGCGCCAUUUCUAUAUGUGAUGCCGGAACUGGACGCAUUUUACACUUUCACUGCGUUCAUCCAGCAUGCUUGCCCAUUGUAUGUACAACCCGCACUGGAAGGUGUGCAUUGCGGAUUGAAGCUGCUAGAUAGGUGUUUACAAGUUUGCGACCCAUCUCUUUACCGUUAUCUGAAAUCCAAACGCCUCACAGCAACUGUUUACGCCUUCCCAUCGGUCAUGACUUUUUCAGCCUGCACGCCUCCUUUAACCCAGCUUCUGCCCUUAUGGGACUUUUACCUCUCAUAUGGCAUCCAUCUCAACAUUCUCUGCAUUAUAUCACAAAUCAUUCUCAUAAGAGACCAAAUCAUGUCCCACCCGUCCCCCAUGAGGCUGUUGAGGACCUUCCCAGACUUAAAUGCCAAAGAACUUGUGGCGCACACUGUGGGACUAGUACCGAGACUACCGGAAGACCUAUAUGAUAUGUUGGUGAGACAUACAUUCGAUGCUGGGAUUUAUGACGUUGUAAUGGGUGACGAUGGGGAAGCGGGAGGUGCUGGUGUUUGGAUGGGCGAGGGAGGUGAUGUAGAAGAGAUUUGACGGGUUGUACAAUUGUAACUUAAAGAGCAUCCUACCCGGUAAUUGUGGUUGAUUCAUUCCUGGCUUUGAGAAGAAAAAGAUAACAAGUUUGU